AUGAGCGCUGCGGAUGUCGGCAUCUUCCUCUGUUGCCUGACGUCCAUUGCGUGUAAGGCGAGGGCCUUCACACUGACACAGACGGCCGGUAACGCGACGCUGGGGGUCACCGCAGCAGAGGCGGAACACCACCUCGCCCAGGCGGUCCCCAGCUCCCCGCCGCGGCCCUCUUCCACGCCCCCGUUUGCCGCUGCGGCUGUUAGGGGGGCGGCAGCAGCCGCACCAGCGCCUGUCAUGGGGGCCGCGCCGCAGGUCCACACCAGCGUGGGGGUGGAGUUCCGCAGUGGCGCACCGCAGUCGCCUGGUUACGACUAUUCCCUGCCUCCACGCGAGGAUGAGGCGGCGGGGGCUGCUACGGAGGGCGCCGAAGUCUACCAUCGUGCCGACGACGACGACAAUGACGACGACGACGGCGACGACGACAACAACAACAACAGCGACGACGAUGCUGGGGACGCGCGCGGCGGUGAGGAUCUCAUAGUACGCGUGUUUUCGCUGCCCCUGACGCAGCGCAUUAUGAUGGGCGUGAAUUGGCUCUCCGUGAUCUCCAAUUGUCUGACGUACUUCUUGCGUCCCUCGCAGGUUUUGUAUGCAUUUCUGCUUUGUAGUUCGGACAUGAUGUUGUACGUUGUCACUGGUUCAAUGGUCGGCGGACGGCGGCGUCGGCGAUCAGCCUCGACGCGGUCUUUGGGCCCAACCCCCGCCACGUACGCGGCACCGGCACCGGCGUCUGUUGCUCUGGAGUUUGGGGAGGAGGGGUGUCACUCCCCCGCGUGGGCGGAGCGUUGCGCCGCGGCGAGGCAGCAGGUUCUCCCCAGAAGAGCUCCCAUUUUCUUCGCCAAAUACGCGACGGGCGCCUACGGCGAAGCUGGGGUCAUCCCGAGUCAUGCCUCGACGGGUACGGAGUUUGACCCGAGUGUAGAACCGGGUGCUGGGCAACGGAAGUCAAGAAAAACUUUCAGGUAUGUUCCCCGUCUCAUUAACCAACGCAGCCUAUUUAUCGUUGCGCUCAAUAUGGCAUUGCUGUUUGCACUUGUCAUUUUUCACUUGCAUCAUUUAUUUUUCUGGGUGGGGACGGUGACGGGGUACCUGGCCUCCUGUGGGACCCUGUACGUGCUCGGCUGUGAAGUGGGGGUGCUGCUGCAGAUGUGUGGCUGGCUGCGUCUCCGACGCUCCGCCCGGUCGUCCUCGUCCCCGUCUUCAUUGCCGCCCGUCGCCUUGGCGGCCGCACUGAGCAGCGUCGACUUACGUAGUGCCUCGCUCCCCCCCGCCGGAGUGAUGGUGCACCGACGCUUGCGCGUCCUUUACGUCACGCAUCUGGUCUUCUCCUUUGCCUGCUCCGCCUUUUACUUCUCGAUGCUGCUGGAGGAGGGGGCGGCGCUCUACAGCACGCAUCUGGAGUUCAUGCGUUGGUACGUGGGAACGGUCGGGCUUGGUUUGCUGGACCUUGCCCGGCUGCUUCUCUUCGGCGCCAUUCUCUGGCUUGGCGCCGGCCGGGAGGGAAAAAACAGGCGUCGUCGCCCGCAUGGGGUUGGGGAGACAGCGUCCGUGAGGUCCGGCUAA